UUGUCUCACUCUGGCGAGCCAGUGCCCCCAUUCAUGUCACCCUCACAUCAGUCUGCUGGGAGUCCUACCUGCCCCAUUCUGUAGAUGAAGGAACUAAGAGAGGGGUAAUGGUUUGUCCAGCACUCGUGGCAGGCUCACUAAUCUCCUCCCUGUCCAGCCUCUCUGACCCCGUGUCCUGAGGGUGACCUCCCUGGCUGGUCAGGGUGGCUUUGCCUUGCCUGGCCUAUGACCGAUGGCAUGAGGAAGUGGGGGUUGGAGAGCUGCAGCAAGUGAUUCGGACUUUAAUGGCGUUUCUGUUUGCCUGGCCAGGGCAUGCCUGGGGAGGACAGGGUGGCCCACCCACUGAGUCCCCAGACGUUGCCACCCAUCAUCAAGGGUCUCUUCAAUGGGUCCCCUAGGCCAGACAUCCUUUGCCAGGUGCUCUUCCAUUUUCCUGCCUGCCCUGUCAUCUCCAGGCCCUGAUGCUUGCAGGUGUCUGCAGAUGGCCCACUGCUCCCACUGCAGCCUGCCUUGGUCCUUGUCCAUCUGUGGCACCCCCAGGCUGGAGCCCGACAAGGCUCUUGACCCACUGGGUUACCGGAUCUGAAAGCAGGCCUUGCCAAGGGGAACCAGGCCACCUCUAGCCCAGGCAGGUCUCCACGGGUGCUCUUGGUAACGAGAGGGCAGGGGACCAGCACUUGGGCUGCUGCUCCUAGCAGUCAGCAGGCCGCAGAUAGGCAAUAGAGCAAGGAAGGAAAGGAGGGAGGAGGGUGGCUGGACCAGAGGAGAGUCCUCGCCUCCAGGCCUUGUACUCCUGUUCCCAAGUGUUCAGCUCCUUCCUCAAGUCUCCACAGCUCCCCGGGACUUCUCUCCAUCACUGGGGUGUCAAGGCUCACCUUGGGGGCAGGACCAGAGUGCAGUGUGGGCCAACCUCAGUGUGAGAUUGGGGUCUUGGCUUAGACUGGAGCCAGAGUCAGCAGGGCUCAGGCUAGGGCAGAGGUUGAGGUAGCCAGGGUCAGAAAAUUGUCCUCCAGCCCUUCCAGGGACAGCCCAUCUUUUCUUGUGGGGCAGAAGAUGUUAGUUCCUUCAGGAACCUUCUGUAGCAUUGGCAGUUUGUAGCUCUGGCCAUACCAUCCCCUGCUCCCCAUCCCCCUCUCCAGCUCUGGUGUCCAGGGUGACCAGAGCCGCCUCUGGGCAGGAAGCCAGGCCAGAAAGCCCAGGACAUCCCUGAGCGCCUGUCACCAUGGCAACCUGCCCACUAUGCCCCCCCAUACCCAAGUCCAGUCCAUUUCUCAAAUUCAGCACGUCACAGUGGGAAGGGCCUUCUAGAUCAGCAGAUUCCAGCCCCUCCCCUUGUCCCAGUUAGAGAAACUGAGGCUGGAGUGGGGAAGGGAGGGGGACCUGCUGAUUAAGGACCCAACCCCAACCUGUCUUCCUUCCCACCCUCCCCCACCUCAAUGUCCCCGGGAUGGGGGAUGGGGAGGCUGGAGUCUGCUCUCCCAGGAGGGGGCGGGCCCUCCACCCACAGAGAUGGGGGCGGGCGGCACAGGAACCUGACACCGACGAUGAAUAAAUGAUGCCCCCUUUCGCUGCUGGCGGCCAGAGCUAGCCACUGAGCUCGCCACCGCCACCGCCACCGAGCGCGGGCUGGCCAGGGGCUGCACCAGGCGGCCCGCCCGCCCAUCACUCGGCUCCCGCGGGCAGGCGCGGCGGGAAGAAGAUGGCAGGGCAGCGGCCAGGCGCGGGCCCCCUCUGGGCGCUGGGCGGCGCCGCGCUGGGGGUCUGCCUCGCGGGGGUCGCCGGGCAGCUGGUGGAGCCCAGCACGGCCCCGCCCAAGCCCAAGCCGCCCCCGCUGACCAAGGAGACCGUGGUGUUCUGGGACAUGCGCCUGUGGCACGUGGUGGGCAUCUUUUCGCUCUUCGUGUUGUCCAUCAUCAUCACCCUGUGCUGUGUUUUCAACUGCCGCGUGCCACGGACCCGGAAGGAGAUCGAAGCCCGGUACCUGCAGCGAAAGGCAGCCAAGAUGUACACAGACAAGCUGGAGACCGUGCCACCCCUCAACGAGCUCACAGAAAUCCCCGGAGAGACUAAAAAGAAGAAGAAGGACAGCGUGGACACAGUGGCCAUCAAGGUAGAGGAAGAUGAGAAGAAUGAGGCCAAGAAGAAGAAAGGAGAGAAAUGAGAAGAGCAUCCUGGAGGUGGCCACAGGGGCUGGUGGGCCCUGGAGCUCGAGAUUGGGCCAGGGUCCAGGCAUCCUAGACUCUGAGCUCAUAUGCAGACCACAUAGGCUGUGGGCAGAGGGGCAGGGGGAGGCCCAUGGCCACGUCCUCCUGGCCCCUCAGGUGCAGGACAAGACCACACUGGGUGUUUGGCCUCCCAGCCGGGAUUCCGCUCCUUUCACUCCAUCCACAUGGGCCCUUUCCUCAGCAAAGCUGGUCUCAGGCCCCUGUCCCUCUGCAGACGCCGAGUGGCCUCACAGUGCUGUCCCCACACAGACAUGCCUCCCUCCCACCUGUCCUGCCAUGGCAGCAGACGCUAGGGGUAGUAACAAGAUGUGUGUUUCCCUUCUGGCCGGGAUGGCGGAACCGCACGGGUUGGGGUGUGAGGCCACACCCAGACUGGCCAUGAGGAGGGAGAGAGGGUUGCUGGGGGAAGCUGUGGCAGCAGGAGGGACUCCAGCUAAGGCAGGUGGCAGCUCUGAUGGUGCGGAGACUGCCCCAAGCCUGGUAGAAGUUCCAGCCCAAGGGAGUGAGCAGAGGUGGCCCUGGAAGCAGAAAUGCAGCCCUGCAGACACCAAGCUCAAGGCAAUGGGACCCCUUCUUUUACAUGUUGUGAAGCAGCUGAGGCUGCCGGGAGGCCCACAUGAGGCCCAGGGGCUUGGGCUCAAGGCUGGGGGCAGUAGGGGUGGGCCAGAGGGAACAGGGAAGAAAGCUGGGGCUUGGGCCUUCUCUUGGAAAUCAGGGAAUAUUUGAGAAGCCAAAGGGAGACCUCGGACUAUUCUGGUGGCCCUAUUUAUGCCAGCUGUGGUGGGGGGUUUCAUGGCCCCAGGGGAUCAGCGUAGGGGCACAAACUGCCUUCCACCAGCUGAAUGUAAUGGCACCCAGCUUCCUCGCAGCUUGCUCUUCUACCACUUCCCACUAGGGGCGCCUAAAAGCAGCAUCCCUGACCAGAAGACAAAGGCCCACACACCACCUGAUGGAGGGGGCAAGCUGCUCAGAGGUGCACCCGGGUGGCACCGAACAUCAGACUGCCGUCCUCAGACAGGGGCCUGAAGACUAAGGAGACACCAGAGGUUCCCGAGCCAGGAAGCCUGCUGCAAAGACAGCCCGCAGAGAUUUGUAAAUAAAGCCGAGUGCCUUCUCAGACCCAA